AUGAUUCUGGCACAAUUCAUUCAUAUUUUCCUGCUGUUCAUGCUUCAAAAGGAACAUUUUGGUAUUUGUGGAGUUGGAGGACAGUGCAGUUCACCUCUGGGGCUAGAGGAUAGGUCCAUUCCGGACCCAGACAUCACGGCCUCUUCAGAGGUUAGCAUUUACUAUGGCCCACGACUCGGCAGACUGAACAACGUAGAGUCUGGUAGUGACCAAGGAGGCUGGUGUGGCUUAGUGAAACUAGGAGAUUGGAUACAGGUUAACUUAAGGAAGAUUGCCAAGGUAACAGCAAUUGCCACUCAAGGAAGACAGGACUACCCACAAUGGGUGAAGACAUACAAGAUCUGUUAUGGUCAGAAACUAGAUGGUUACUGUGAGCUUCUUGAUCAGGAACAUUUUGGUAUUUGUGGAGUUGGAGGACAGUGCAGUUCACCUCUGGGGCUAGAGGAUAGGUCCAUUCCGGACCCAGACAUCACGGCCUCUUCAGAGGUUAGCAUUUACUAUGGCCCACGACUCGGCAGACUGAACAACGUAGAGUCUGGUAGUGACCAAGGAGGCUGGUGUGGCUUAGUGAAACUAGGAGAUUGGAUACAGGUUAACUUAAGGAAGAUUGCCAAGGUAACAGCAAUUGCCACUCAAGGAAGACAGGACUACCCACAAUGGGUGAAGACAUACAAGAUCUGUUAUGGUCAGAAACUAGAUGGUUACUGUGAGCUUCUUGAUCAGUCCCUGAUAUUCACCUCUAAAAAUUAUAUUGAAAUAGUUACUCGCCUCAGGCUCAGUAAACAUUCAUGA